AUGGCGGUGAAAACUGACAUGAGCAAGGCUUAUGACCGAAACAAAUGGAGCUUCUUGGAUAGAGUUCUUGGGAGACUCGGUUUCCACCCUGCUUGGAUCUCAUGGAUCAUGGAGUGUACCCGGACAGUCUCGUACUCCUUCUUGGUAAAUGGAGCGGCACAAGGGAAGGUAAGGUUAAUGUCUGUUCUUGUUUCGUCUGUCUACUUUUCGCUUUGUGCAUUUGUGGUUGAAGAAGGAAGUUGUUGCAGGCGAGCCAGCUCUAAAACAAAUCAGGAAAGAGGAAUUUACGUCAAGCAUUUCAAAAACAUUCCUAUGGCCGACAUGGAGAUUGUGCUUCCUGAGAAAAGAAAUCCUGGACUGACUCCAAUGGAUUGGGUCAAAUUUCUGAUAUCUGCCGUAGUGGGUCUGGUUGCCGUGGUUACUUCAGUUGAGAUGCCGAAAGCAGAUCCAUGGGUAAUCUUUGCAGUUCUCUCCACAGUGGUUGGUUAUUGUGCCAAAACAUACUUCACUUUCCAGCAGAACAUGGCAACGUACCAGAACUUGAUAACACAAUCCAUGUAUGAUAAACAACUAGACAGCGGGAAGGGAACGCUAUUACACUUGUGCGAUGACGUUAUUCAGCAAGAAGUAAAAGAGGUGAUGAUUUCCUUCUACAUACUAAUGGAGCAGGGGAAAGCUACCUUGGAGGAUCUGGAUCUGAGAUGUGAGGAACUGAUAAAGGAAGAGUUUGGUGAGAGGUGUAACUUUGAUGUGGAUGAUGCAGUCCAGAAGCUAGAGAAGUUGGGGAUCGUUGCCCGUGACACCAUUGGAAGGUACUACUGCAUGGGGCUGAAGCGAGCCAACGAGAUCAUAGGGACCACCACCGAGGAGCUUGUCCUGAAGGCCAAACAGGGCGUCACUCCUUCUUGAACUUACUACCUUCUCUUCUCUUCUCUUCUCU